AUGAUGAUCAUUCCGGUUGUCUACGAGGGACAGGAGACCGUAACAGCAUAUAUACCAGAUGGAUUAUGGUACAGUAUGCGGGAGAGUGAUUACGGCAAUGUUUCUGAUACGGGAACAGUUACUUUUUCAGCCCCAACAACAGAUAUGAUACCGGUUCUGCUGCGAGGCGGUUCAAUUAUACCUCGACAAAAAGCGGAACUAACAACAACAGCUUCACGAAAAAAUCCAUUCGAACUUCUCAUUGCUUUAGGUUUGAAUGAGUUAUAA